AAAUGACAGUUUUAUAGACACCGAUAGAAGGAUCCUGCGUGUCUUGUGGCCAACCAAAGGAAUGAGAGAACUAGGCGGUUGCUUAGGAACCAACUACCACCGGAGAGAUGACAGAAUCGGAUGCAUGAUAACAAAUGACAUCUCUGUUAGGCAAUUUUUUUAGGGCCUCAAAAUGGGAUAGUAGUGAGCACCUCAAGGAAACCCGUAACAGGACUGGGCGGAAACUGGGCAGGAAUCGAAACCUUAGUAAACGGAUAAACUCGGACAAACAGAAGAGGAAGAAAAAACGUGAAAUUCAUCGGAGUGCAACGUAGCAAUGCUCUCCAAAUACGAAAAAGAGCUUCUUGUAAUUAUUUGGGGAAAGGCGUCCGUAUAUGCUGAAGACAUUGGUGCUGAAUCCCUUUUAAGAAUGUUCACUUGCUUUCCGAAAACCAAGACGUAUUUCGCCCACUUAGACAUCGGUCCUGGGUCUGCACAUCUCCGUUCCCAUGGUAAGAAGAUCAUACUGGCGAUAGCAGAAGGGGCUAAGAACAUCAGCAGUCUGACCACCACCCUGGCUCCCCUCAGCGUGCUGCACGCCUACCAGCUAAGAAUACACCCCACUAAUUUCAAGCUCUUGUCUCACUGUAUCCUCGUCACACUGGCCAACCGGAUGGCUGAUGAGUUCACGCCCGUAACACAUGCUGCCCUAGAUAAGUUCCUCUCGGCGUUCUCAGCUGUGCUCGCUGAGAAAUACAGAUAAGAAGUCUUAUAGCAACCUGAACACUGAAUUUGCACUGUACAAAUAUACAUGCUUUGUAUAAAAUUGUUUCAAGCAUAUCUGUGAAUUUAUGUUUCAUGUGAGUCGACCCCGUGAAUUUGUGAAUAAAAAAAUUGAAAUUCAUAUCCGCCUA